AUGACACUACCAUUUGGAUCUCUUGAUCUUGGCACUCUGCGCGAGCUUGAUCUUCCUGAUCUUGACCUAAGUGGAACGAAUGCCCUCCCCAGCAAAGCUGUUGAAGCUGUUCAUUCUGUAGAGUGCGACCCCAACAAGUUGGACGAAUAUUUCUCUGAGCUUCAUCUUUCUGGGGUCCCUGCCAUUGAUGAAGCUUGGUCCAAAGCCAUCAAAACAACUCCUGCAAUGCAAGCCAUGUGCUCCCAAAUCAUGAAGCAUCUUGAAGACAAGCACCCAACCAUCUGCCAGCUUGCCAAGACUCUCAGUGAGAAUCCAGACUGGAUUUUGAUUGAUGAAAGGACAGAUUUCCUUUCUCAGCUUGUACACCAAGUCUUUGUCCUUCAUUGGGUGACAACCUUCAUGAUGGAUAACCCUGAGAGCAUGCAACAAAAGUUGCAAAACGAUGCUGAGUGGGAAAACUCAUGUGAGACUACUCAGACAGUUCCAGUGGAGCUCCAAGAGAUGCUUGGCCUCCCUGAACAAGACCCGAUGUAUGAGAAGUGGCCAUUCUUUCUUUGGAUAAAGAACAGGUCCAUCCUUGCACAAUUGAAUCUUUUAGUACGGAGCUUUCGAUCUUCUGAAGGACCAGGCAUUGAGAAUCAGCUAGAGAAAAUCAAAGACCUUCAGUGUUUGAAUUUAUUGGAGGCUGUCUGGCUUGAAAAGAGCAAUGGACUCAUGGACAAUUCAGAAGUUGGUAGGCUACUGGCUUCCUAUCCCUUGCUGGCAGGAAGGACCCAAUCUAUGAUGGCUCUGCUUGAGCCUCAAGGCAGUACAUGGAAUGAUCUCUACGUUGCUUGGAACAUGCAUUUUGUUUCCUGGUCUGCAGAUAAGGACUCCUCCACUUGGAUGGCAUCCAAAUUGCUGCUACCUUGCAUCAUUGGAGAUGUCAAUGCAAGUUUCUUUUAUGCCAGGACAACAAGCUUGUAUCUGGUUCUACAGACUAUAGGAAGGAAAACAACUUCUCCAAAGUAUUACACCCAAUCAAUCUUGUCAAGAAGAGCACUUGAGAUCUUUGGAAGGCUCAACCUUUCUUGGGCUCAAGAACUUGGAUACUCCCACCCACCACUUGGCAGUGACAAAGGAAUGACACUCAAUGAAGAAGAUUGGCUCUCCCUGUUUGACCAAUGGGGAAGUGAAAACCAAAAAGCCCAGACAACCAACCCUAACUCCAAUAUCAAUGCCUCUAAAGCAAGUGCUAGAGCUACAGACCCAAAUGACUUCUCAGCCAGAUACGCCAAUGUACUCCUGUCGGUCGUUGGAUCACAUAUUGACACAUCCAAGACUUGGGCUGAAAAUGGACUCACAUCACUCCAGAGUGCUGAGCUUAGAAACAAAGUGGAAGAGGAGCUGCAUGUGGUCCUUCCGGCAAACUUUGAACAGCUCUACCCAACACCGAGUGAGCUAUCAGUCUUCUUGAAAGGAUCAGAGAUGAUUGUAGUGCUCUGCAAGUAUGCUGUUGUUGGGAGGUAUCAACCAAGACAAAUUGACCUAUUGUCAUGGGAUUAUCUACAAUGGUGGUUCAUUGAUAGUCUCAUGGAGGUCUGGGAAUCACUCGCGGGAAAGUUCUUCAAAGAAACAAAGUACAUAUGGCUUUUCUACAGGCUCCUUGGAGCAGAUCUUGCAUGGACUGCAAAGAUUGAAUCCUACAUUCGUGAAUUUGAUCUUGUCAGAGUAGAGAGCAGUGCCACUAUUGGGUAUCCCAUCAAGUGCAGGAAAUUCUCUCAAUCAGAACAAUCAAAUCCCAAAAUUACCUUCCGCCCCAUUGUGGUCGGAAAGCAUAGUAAGCUGUCUGGCAUGAUCAGCCCCGGAGUCAAGCUUGGAGAGGGCAGCAAAGUGGAGAAACUAUCUGUUGUUGAAGAGGGGGCAUUGGUGCCGGCUCAUGUCCUUGCCAAAGGCAACCCAGCAUGCAAUGCAGGCUCAUUCAAACAUCAAGAAACACACUCUUUUGAAGAAUCUAUGUUGGAUGUCUUCAAGAUAGUUUGGACAAUCUUUGAAGCAUACCAUUUCUUUGCACUGUCAUAUCUCGUCCACAUGACACUUAACCAACUCCUGCCCAGCUGGCGCUAUGCUUCAAUCCUCCAUUGGUUCUUAUUCUUUCCAACCACUUCAUUCCUUGCCAUCUUCACCAGCAUUGCUCUCAAAUGGCUUUUGAUUGGGAAACGUGAUGCAUCAGAUGAAUAUGGAGGCUCACUCUGGAAACAAGCCUCCAAUUGGGCAUGUGACUUCCACUUCCGGAUUGCAGCUUGGACUCUUAUUCCUUUCUUUGGGCAGUCCAAGGUGUGGCACUUCAUCCUUUUCCUCCAUGGCCUUGACGUUGAUAUGAAAUCUACCCUCAGCCACCCAUACACAAUCUUCUUCCCCUCCAAGGUAGAUUUUGUGAAGAUUCGGUGUUCUUUUAUUCCCACCAGCACUCUUGACCUCAGUAAAAAAGCAAACUCCAAGAUUGAAAUCAUCAACAGCAGUAUUGGCUACAAUUCCAACCUUCAUUCAGGAGUCAAGAUUAUCAAAUCCAAAAUCCCACCAAGAUCCAACGUUUCCGAUAGUGUCUACAAUUUGAAUCAUUCAGACAAUUCACAGAAUGUCAGCAGUUUUACCUUGCUUCUUCCAGAAUUAGGACAGCAACUGCUGAAUGUGGUCCUUUUCUCCAGCAUUGUCCCUGCCUAUGAAAUUGGUCUUGCUGCCACAAAAAGCUCCUCCUUGACUGUUUCUGCGUGCGGUUUGACAGUUGCAUUCACACUACAACUCUUUAUUUGGAUUCUCUUGACCCAAGCAGCUGAGAAGGUUUUAUUGAGUCUUCCGCACAAUGGUCAGCAGAUCUUCUUUGGUAUCUACAUCAACCAUGUAAGACAAUUUCGUGCUGGAAAUUGGCUUGUAAUGGUUCUCUAUGGUACACCCAUGUUUGCCUACUUUGCUCGACUCAUGGGGGCUGAGGUGGAUGGUGACCUUUGGUAUUUUGGAAAUUCUCUGUACGAGUAUGGUAACCUCCACUUCCAAGGUUGCACCAUCGUUGACAGCGCCCAUGUGGCCGGACACUACAUUGAUGGCAAUGGCCUUACCAUUGAUGACACCUAUGUCUCUGGGUUGUUGCAUCCAGGUUGCUAUGCUUCUGCUGGAUCAGUGGUAUCUGCUGCCGAACAUGGUCCAUGGAAGCUCUUCUUUAAAAGAAGUGAUAUCGGUGCCCAGGAAUCUAAAAGUUUGUUGAGAGAUGUGGAGAAUCCUGAGAGAAGUACAGACCAUCUGAUUGAAACUCAGCAGGAAGACGAUAUCUAUCAGAUGCCAAUUGCUUUUGAUGUGUAA